AUGCCUCUCCCGGAUUGGCGCAGGCGGACUGCCACUCCCGCGGGCGCCGGGCUCCCCGCUCCCCUCUCUUCCCUCUCGCCUCGCCUCCCCGCCCCUCGGCCUGGCCCCGCGCUGAUUGGCCGAGGCGGGGGCGUAGGGGGCGUGGCUCGGCGGACUGGCCGGAGGGCGCGCGGCGGCGGCGGCGGCGGCAGAAGCAGCUGGAGGAAGGAGCGCGAGCGAGGGGAGGGGUGAGUUCUCGGCGUGAGCGGCGGCGGGAGGCGCAUGCGCACGGGGCAGCUGCCCCACUCCUCACGCAAGGGGGGAAAUGGGGGGGGGGAGGAGGAACUGAGAUGGACCCCCCUCUUAAAAAGUGUAUCUUUAAUGUUGCUAUGAGUUAAUUUUGGUAGGGGGAGUCGAAAGCUUAUUGCUCCCCCCUCCAUAGUUUGUCUCCCAUAGGUUAGGGGGCUUAAAGUCUGUGGCUCUGACCCCCCCCCCCCAUUUGAAAGGCCAGUUCCAAACCCCCCCACUUGAGGGGAGGGGAAGGCUUGUUUCCUGGCCUCCUCCCCCCGCCGGGUUGAAAUUGGUUGGGGGCUUAUGCCCUUGGUGAUAUAUUUGGGGGGGUUAUAAAUGUGACACCCCCAAUCUGAAAUCAGGGAGGGGGUUAAAGUAAGGGGGUAGAGAGCUUGAUCGCUCCCCUUGCUGUCUGAAAGAAGGGAGGCUCAAAUGGUUAAUUUCUGUCACACACCCCCCCUUGGGACUGAAGAGGGGCGAGGGGCGCUCUCUGAGAUACAGAUUUUGGGGGAGAAAAGAUAACUCCCUACAAUUUUGGGGGUCUAGAGGUUGAGUCCCUCGCCUCUUCACAAGAGCUGAGAUCCUUAUUGUGUGGGGGGAGGGGGGCAGUUGUCAAAAAAUCCGCAACCCCCCCAUUAGGAAAGAUCUCUCUCAAAGUGACUUGGCUUCCUCGUUUCUCUUCCCAGUGCCCCACCCUGCCCUGCAAGCAAGGGGGCAGGGGUCUUCAUUUCCCCUUAUCAAGCCUGAGUGCUUAUGGGUGUUUUUCGGUGGGUUGGGGGUUGGGGAGAUCAGAUGUUAACCUUCGGACUAACAGCCCCCUGGUAUGACUCCCCCCCACAAAUAAAAAGUUUCCCUGCCUUGUUCCCCGCCCCCCAACAGGUAGAGAAUGAACGUCCUCUGUGGGCAUCGAGGGGUUAAUUCACCCCCCAGACUUAAUUAUACAUUAACUCUGCUUGAAGGGGGGGGCAGAAAAAAGGUUAAGUUCUGCUCCCUCCCCAUUUGUCUGCCACCACCUGGUUUGAAAAGCGGGGCGGGGGGGGGGCUUUGAAAACACUCAAGCUUUCAAGGACUCGGGGAAAUUUCAGUUCUAGGGUGGGGGGGGCGUGGAAGGUGACUUUGUUUUCCUGGUCAGAGUUUGAGGCUGGGGAAUAGAGAGCAACUUUGAGGCUACUUCGAAGGACAAAAAAUGGGAGGUCUGUUUCUUUAGGUGUGGGUACAGAUUUUUAAAAAGUGUUUUGGCUUCCUUUCUCCUUGGCAUUCCUCCCACCCACUCCAAAUUUAUUUAUUUAGAGUAUUUAUAAGCCAGCUUUCGGGGUAAAAAAAGAGAUACCUCUUCCAACCGUCAAUGUAUGCAAAGUUGUUUUUUUAAAAAUAAAUAUUCUCCCCCCUUGAUGCCCUGCCUUUUUCUGCUAAAAAUGUAUAAUAUAUAAAUGGGUGUGUAUCUAUGAACUGUUUCUCGAGACAGACGGGUGCCAACAAAACAACUCUCUAUAUUGGAUACAGUUGUACCUUGGUUUUAAAAUUCAAUCUGUUCCGGGAGUCAGUUCAACUCUGGAAUAUUUAGAAAACCAAGGGGCGGCUUCUGAUCAGCUUCCAAAAAUUGUUCAAAAACCGGAACAAUUACUUCUGGUUUUUGAUUGUUGGGGAGCCGGAACGUUUGAGUUCAAAGGCAUUUGGCUUCUGAGGUUCCACAGUACAUAGAGAGAGAGAGAGAUUGAGAAAUAUCUCUAGCACAGCUGGAAUGUACAAAGGUUAAGCGCCUCAGACAUUGUUCUGCCGGUCUCCUUUGGGUUGAAAAAGCUGCUUCCUGAUGGGAAAAAAUCAUAGAAAUGUAUCGUCAGAAGGGACCACGGGGGGCAUCUAGUCCAACCCCCUGAAAUGCAGGAAUCUGUCACCCAAUGUGGGGCUUGAACCCUCAACCCAGGGAUUGAGAGACUAAUGCUCUACCAAUUUAGCUAUCCAGCUUCAAGUAAGAUCUUAAAACGGGGGUGGAUUUGCUUCUUGGAGGAAUGCACCGUACUGGGAGAGACUGGCCAAUGGCCUGAUUUGAAAUAAGGCAGACUCACCUAUUGGAAUCCUUGGUUUCCUUGGGCAAAAUAUUGGUGGGGAUUCGCACCCAUCGCCCUCCGGGUGUUUCAGUACUCCAACUCUCAGCAGCCAGGAAUGGUCAGGGGUGAUGAUGGGAGUUGAAAUUCAGCAAAACCUGGAAAAUAGAUGUUUUCUCCUCCUGGUUAUCCUCUUCAAAGUAUAUGGGAAGAGUUGAUAGUAAAAUAGCAGGAGAGACCUAGCCCAGCAGGACAUCUGCUCUGCAUGCAGAAGAUCCCAGGUUCAGUCCCAAGCGUCUCCAGGUAGGACUGGGAGAGCUGCUGCCGGUCAGUGUAGGUGAUACUGAGCAACGUGGACUAAUGCAAGGCCUGGCUCUACAUAAGGCAGCGUAUCAAGUUUCUAGAUUGCAAAAAAAUAAACCAACAUCAAGCUGCUUGCUGAGGUCCCAGGUUCACUUCCCAGCAUCUCCUGAUAGGACUGGGGAUGUCACAGAAUCAUAGAUUUCUAGAGUUGGAAGGGACUCCAAGAGUCAUCUAGUCCAACCCCCUGCAAUGCAGGAAUCUCAGCUCAAACAUCCAUGACAGACAGCCAUCCAACCUCUGCUUUAAAACCUCCAAGGAAGGAGAGCCCACCACCUGUUCCUCUUAUUAUCAGAAAGUCUUUCCUGAGGCUGAUUCGGAAUCUCCUUUCUUGUAACUUGAAGCCACUGGUUCGGACCCCACCCUCCAGAGCAGAAGAAGACAAGCUUGCUCCCUCUUCCAUGUGACAGCUGUUGAGAUAUUUGAAGAUGGCUCUCAUAUCUCCUCUUUCCCAGGCUAAACAUCCCCAGCUCCUUCAAGCGCUCCUCAUCAGGCUUGCUUUCCAGUCCCUUGAUCAUCUUGGUUGCCCUCCUCUGCACAUCUUUCAGCUUGUCAAGAUCCUUCUUAAAUCGUGGUGCCCAGAACUGGACAGAGUAUUCCAGGUGUGGUCUGACCAAGGUAGAGUAGGACUAUGACUUGGCUUGAUCUGGACACUAGACUUCUGUUGAUGUCCCCUGGAUCAAAUGGUAGAGAACCAGUGCAGACCACAUUGAUCUAGGCAGACGAGCAGUCUGACUCUGUAAGCUUCCUGUGUCCCUAAGGACCAGCUGAGUUCCUUGUGCUGGGGCUGGUUAGCGCCCCCCCCCCCGCCCUAUUUAACGUGAAUCCAUUGGGAUUUCUGUUCAUGGUGAUAUUGGGGAGGUUACAUUAUUCUGGUGGUGGUGGUGGUGGUGGUGGUGGUGGUGGUAUCAGGGUAGCCACUUAAGUUUGUAUAUUGCCCUACAUCUGUAUAUCUCAGGGCAAGAAACCAAACCAAAAAUCUCGCUUGCAACCCUGCCUUUGAUACUAUCCUUGCAUAGUUUUGGGGGCAGACAUGAUUUGCUCCUAAAUGGAGCAUGCCCUGUAAUUUCUUGCUGAAAUUCUACAACUUUUUAUACUGUGAAUGCUCUGGUUUGGGAUUUCCUUGUUGUGCAAAAGUGCCCUUCUGGAAGUCAAUAACAGUGGGGUGGCAUGCAUUGCUGAGCAACUAAUAUAAAGCAGAAUGGUGCGUGGACGGUCCGGGAUAAACCCAGCAGUGAUGCAGAAUGACCUCAUCAGUUGCAGCAAACUCCCCUAGGAGGAAAGGUUUCUUCAGCGUCUGGGACUUUUUAGUUAUGAGAAAAGGCAGGUUAGAGGCGACACGAUGGAAGUUUACGGCAGGUCCAGGGCAGGUCCAGGCAAGUCCUUAAAACUAUGGCACUCCCUCCCACUUGAGGCAGGAAUGGCCAAUAACUUGGUUGGCUUUGAAAGCUGAUUGGGCAAAUUCAGGGAGGAGAAAUUCAGUGGCAACUCGCCACCAUGGCUAUGCUUCUCCCACAUCCAGAGGCCGCAAUGCUUCUAAAUCCCAGUUGCUGGAAGCCACUGAAGGGGAGAGCUCUCUUGAACUCGGGUCCUGCUCGUGGGCUUCCCAGUGGGGGCAUCUGGUUGGCCACGGUAACAACAGGAUGCUGGUUAGAAUCAAGGUUGCAGGUUUGAUUCCCAUAUGGGGCAACUCGCAGGGGGUUGGACUAGAUGACCCUCAGGGUCCCAUCCAAUGCUAAAAUUCUGUUUCUUGAUGGGCUGUUGGCUGGAUCCAGCAGACUGUGUUUAUGCUGCACAAUAAGCCCACCCACAGAAAAGCCACACCAGUCUGGAGCUAGAUUUCUCCCCACUCUUUGCAAAGAUGCAUUGCUUUCCCCUGUGUAUAUAGAUUGAGGCAGAGCCUGACCGUGCCGGUGGCGCCAGAUGGGAGUUGGAGCCCAAACAUCUGGAUGGUACCAGGUUGACAAGGAUGGUCCGCACCAGAGUUUCCCAAACUUGGGUUUCCAGCUGUUUUUGGACUACAACUCCCAUCCCUAGGUGCCCAGUGGUCGGGGAUGAUGGGAACUGUAGUCCAAAAACAGCUGGAGACCCAAGUUUGGGAAGUCCUGAUCCACACCAAUACAGGUGCAACUACAUAUGCAAAAAAAAGGUAGCCUUAUUUAUAGUAAAAACCUCCAUAAUUUCACUUCAGGGUUUGUGGACCAUUGUGGAGCUUUUGACGAUCGAUUGACUGAAAGUUUAGGACAAGAAUUGCGUAAUGGCUUCUUUUCUUUAAGUAGUUAAAGCUGGAUUAAAAGCAGAUAAAAGCAGAUAUCAACAACUAAAAGGAAUUGGCAGCUCUCAAAACAACUUCAGCUCCCAAAUGCCUGGUCUGCUUUUUAAUUUCUCCUGGAAGCUAAUAGCGAGGGAGAUGGAUGCACCUCAUGAGUGAGGGCAUCUCACAAACGGGAAGCCACCACCAAGGAGGCCCCGUCUUGGGUCACUGCCAACUGGGCACCCUGGCAGCCUUGUGUUAACCUUGUGGAUGGGGGGUGGCAAGGGCGGAGGACUUCUGCAUCUUUUACCCCGACCAAGCAGGGCUCGUCUUCCAGCCUCGCCAAUGUCCUCAGUGUAUAACAUGGCAGUGGCAGAAAGGAGUCACCCCCUGUCAGUCUGGUUGCUUUCCUGCAUGGAACGCCUGCUGGCCACGGAUGAGCUCAGUCGGUGGAGCAUGAGGCUCUAAUCACAGGGUUGUGGGUUCAAGUCCCACAAUGGGCAAAAGCAAGGCUUUUUUUCCAGCUGGAACUUAGUUCCAUUGCCUCUCGGGAAGUUGCCUUUGCCAUUUUAAGAGAAUGAGGGAGGCAUUCAAAGUGAGUUCCAACACCUCUUUUUCAAGAAAACUAGCACUGGUAAAAUAACAACCCCCUUGGGCUCCCUUCCAACUCUACAGUUAUAAGAUUCUAUGACCAGGCAUUUGGGAUUCAAGGCUUUCUUGUCACUUUUUACGCCAGCCCUGUGAGGUAGGCAAAGAGUUCUCUCUUCAUGUGGCUGACAGAAGUGUGGGUGGAAAAAAUGAGGCUGCAGGGGAUAAUUUCAUAGCAGAACGGGGAUUUGAACUCGGGACCGAAACGUUGCCGUUCCGCUCUCUUUUUUUAAAAGCCCCACAUCUUUUUGCCUGGGGGCUCUACCAGAAUCCUUAAAAACAGCUAGGGAGCAGUGAUUUUUUCGACGUGCUACUUGCAGUGCUGCAAAGAAGACUUUUAAUCUUGAGGAGCAAUAGUACAGUAUGUUUGCCUAAGGAGCUGCCCAGCGGGUAGACUUUGAACGCUCUGGUUCUGGACAGAUCUCCAGGCGGGGACCUCUGCAGGAAUUCUCCCCUGGUAGGCAGACAGGGUCAGCAAACAGAGGAUAAACUAGCAGAGAAAGCUGGUUGACUCCACUGAAGUUGGCUGGGUCUAAGCCCCUGGGAGUGGGACCCUCACCUCUGGGGAAGGGAACCCACUGGAGCGUGAUGGGGAAUGAUUAUUGGAAGGGCUGGAUCCCACCAAAGGAGAGCCAGCUAGUCUAGCAUGCUGCUCUCAAAGGCAUCUUCAGGGUCAAGCGCAAGUCAAGCCCCACAGAGAGCACUCUGCAGUAGUCCAGUCUGGACACAUUAUUAGUAAUAGGCAACAUUUUACUGUUUUAACAUGUUCCGUGAAAUUGCUCCCUCUAAAAGUAAAUCUGAGAUGACGACAAAUUAGCGCCUGGCUAAUUUCGAACACUGAUCUUACAAAUACAGUGGUACCUCUGGUUGCGAACGGGAUCCGUUCCGGAGGCUCGUUCGCAACAUGAAAAGAGCGCAACCCGCAGCAGCGCGUAUGCGCACGCACAGGUUGCGAUUCGCUGCUUCUGUGCAUGAUGUCAUUUGGCACUUCUGCACAUGCGCAAGCAGCGAAACCCAGAAGUAACCCUUUCCGGUACUUCCAGGUCACCGUGGGACGUAACCUGAAAGAACGUAACAUGAAGCGGACGUAACAUGAGGUAUGUCUGUACAGUAAUAGCUCGGAGACUCAUGCAGAGAGACACGGAUGGGCUCCUGUGAAGCCAGCUGGUCCUCAUUUUAUGAAUAAAAUCACAUAUCAGAUACUCUCACAGAGAGACUCCUCUGGAAGCAACUGGCUCUCGCUUGCUCUGCGUCGUCUUUUUGCACCUUUCAGUUCAGGAGAGACAAGGUCUCCAUCUCCAAGAAGUCUGAGGAAGCCUGUUAAGCUCUGAGUUUUUCCCCAAGGGAAAAAGAAAUAGGUCAAGGCCUUUUUGGGAAAACAGCCAUUCAGGAUUAUCUUACGGCUUGCCAGCCAGUUCCCUUUGGCCGAGGUGGGGAGUGGGCAAGCAAAGAGAGGUUUUCCUUUCCCCAUCCUUUCGCUUCUUGGUGGUGGGCAGUGAGAAUUUUGUGGUUUUGUGGAGAGACAAUGGGACAGCCUGCUCCUGGUCUCACAGCUGGGGAAAAUCCCAGAAGUUCUUGGGGUGGUGGGGAGGCUGACCCCUUUAAAAGAAAUAAUGGCGAGGGCCUCUCUCUACGUGGCUGAACUGGUGCCCAGGCUGGUCCCAGGAGAACAGGAGGGAAUCUUAUUUUCUGUGGCUGCAAAGAGUAAGGCUUGGGAAAUGCACCCGAAUCUAUGCUUUGAACCAGAGGUUCCCACCCGCCCUGGGAGCAGCAGGCUUUGGAAAAGUGGUGUCGUUGGAUCAAGACCAUCAAUUUUGCAGAGUUAAUCUCCCCCCAAUUCUUUUGCCCAAUCUGGGGCUCGAAAUAGUUUGAGCUGGAUUUUGAACAAAUGUGCAAUUAAUCGUUACGGCUUUGACUCUUACGGUGUCAGCACAGUGGUUCUCGAACUUUCAGAAUAAAAAUUUGCUCACGCCACACCGGAUUUUUUUAUUGAUAAGACAUAUAUUGGAAAACAAAAGGAAACAGCUUCUGGCAGUGUUUGAUUUGUAACGUUGAGCACAGUUACUAUAUAAUACGAUCAUGGGACACCCAGAAAGUAUUAAACAAUGCAGCAGCGUAAGGACACACAUCAUUCCCAAAAUAUAAUUGUAAGCGAACCUCUUACAUAUGAACCUUAAACUCUGCUUUUUUCUGGGGGACGCAGGGGGACACAUACCCCCAAUCAUCUUUUUUUAGAAAAAAAAGCACUGACCUUACAUAUAAACUCAGUGAGAGGUGAGAGCUUGUUUUUUUUGCUAGGUAAUCUCAUUUAUAUUAGCUCAAAUUUGAGACGAACAAACACUCAUCAACACAAAGCAGCCUUCCUCUUUUCUGAUCUUUCAUAUUUGUAGGAAAAUCCCUGUUCACAACAAUAUGAUGUGGAUAACUGUAGAAGAAUAGCUAAUACAGUGGACGCUCGGGUUGCGAACGUGAUCCGUGCGGGAUGCACGUUCACAACCCGUAGCAUUCGCAACCCGCAGUGGCGCGUCUGCGCAUGUGCCAAGCGCGAUUUAGUGCUUCUGCACAUGCACGACCACCGAAACCCAGAAGUAACCCGUUCCAGUACUCGGCUGUCCGUAACCUGAAAAAACGCAGCCUGAAGUGUCUGUAACCCGAGGUAUGACUGUGGUCUUGAAGAGAGGCAUGGGUACUGUUUCUAAGGUGUGGGUGUGUAUUUGUAUGUGUGUAAAAUUAUUUUGAUGUGAUACCAUGCUGUACUACACUGAAAAGUUAAAAUGUUUCUUUAAUUGUCCUUGAAUCUUCGCAGCACAAUUGCCGUCCUCUCCCGCUGCCCUUUGAGAAGCACUGGGUUAGCAUAUAACUUGGUGGGCAAUACAAACCACUAUUUGUAACCACUAACUUGUCAAGUUUCUAGAUCUCAUGGUUGCAAAAAACCACAAAAAAAUCUGUAUACAUGGAUGAGAUCACGGGUUCAGGUCCCGGCAUCUCCAGAUAGCACUGGGAAGGUCCAUCACUGGGAAUGGCAAAGAGGUGCUGCCAGUCAGUGUGGGCAAUACAGAGCUAGAUGGACCAGUAUAAUACAAUUUCCUUACAAAACACAAUUACAGUAGUACCUUGGGUUAAGUACUUAAUUCAUUCCGGAGGUCCAUACUUACCGUAUUUUUCGCCCUAUAGGACACACUUUUUGCUCUCCAAAAAUGAAGGGGAAAUGUGUGUGCGUCCUAUGGGGCAAAUGCAGGCUUUCGCUGAAGCCUGGAGAGCGAGAGGGGUCGGUGCGCACCGACCCCUCAUGCUCUCCAGGCUUCAGGAAGCUCUGCGCAGCCCUCGGGAGCCCGGCGUGAAGUCGUGCCGGGCUCCCGACGGCUGCGCGGAGCUGCCUGCAUUCCGAAGCCUGGGACGCGCUGAAGAGUGUGCCCGGGCUUCACGCACCUCUCCGCAAGCCUGGGGAGACUGGCGCGACUUCGCACUGGGCUCCCUAGGCUUGCGGAUAGCAGGCUGUUCUGGGGGCUGGGGUCGGGGGAAGCUCGGGCUUCCCCCGCGCCAGCCCCGCGCCUGGGGGGGAAAUAAAUUUUUUUUCUUUAUUUCCCCCCAAAAAAAACCUAGGUGCGUCCUAUGGGGCGGUGCGCCCUAUGGGGCGAAAAAUACGGUAACCUGAAACUGUUCUUAACCUGAAGCACCACUUUAGCUAAUGGGGCCUCCCACUGCUGCCGCACCGCCGGAGCACGAUUUCUGUUCUCAUCCUGAAGCAAAGUUCUUAACCCGAGGUACUAUUUCUGGGUUAGCGGAGCCUGUAACCUGAAGCGUAUAUAACCUGAGGUACCACUGUAUAUAGAAAAGAGAGGGGAAAGAAUAUAUAAGCCUUCAAUAAAUUGUUUAUAUAAUGCAUCUUCUGCAAAUCCUAGUGUAGCAAGUUAUAAUUGCACAAUAAACAUAAUUUUAAAAAAACAGCUGAAAGCUUCUGUGCCCAGUUUCACGCUCUCUUGUUGGCUUGUGACAAAUGCCUCUUCGUUUUAUAGAGAAUCUGCUUGGUUACUGAAUUCCAAGGAGUGUUGCUAUGCUGCUGGUUUUGAUGUAUUUAAAAUCUUACCACUCCAGUUUCAAAAGCGAAAUGUGGUUUGAUUCCCCUUUUGUUUGAAUCCUGAGGUUUGUGGCUGGCUUUGGGUUCGAGGAGGUAUUAGGCAGUGUGCAAUGCGCUACCUGUGACAAUCAGCUCUGCCUUUCGGAGAGGUGAAUUGGGCGCCUGCAGGGUAAGGCGAUCUUGAAGGGAAAGUGGUCCCAAUCUGUCUUGAGGUUGAAUCCCAACAAGACAGAAGUGCUCUUUCUGGAGGACAGGGGGCGGGUGGGUUUGGGGGACUCCCUGGUCCUGAAUGGGGUAAGUGUGCCCCUGAAGGACCAGGUGCACAGCCUGGGAGUCAUUUUGGACUCACCACUGUCCAUGGAGGCACAGGCCAAUUCUGUGUCCAGGGCAGCUGUCUACUAGCUCCAUCUGAGACCCUACCUGCCCGCAGAGUGGUGCAUGCUCUAGUUAUCUCUCGCUUGGACUACUGCAAUGCGCUCUAUGUAGGGCUACCUUUGAAGGUGACCCGGAAACUACAACUAAUCCAGAAUGCAACAGCUAGACUGGUGACUGGGAGCGGCCACCGAGACGACAUAACAAUGGUCCUAUAAGGCCUACAUUGGCUUCCAGUACGUUUCUGAACACAAUUCAAAGUGUUGGUGCUGACCUUUGAAGCCCUAAACGACCUCAGCCCUGUAUACCUGAAGGAGCAUCUCCACCCUCAUCGUUCUGCCUGGACACUGAGGUCCAGCUCCGAGGGCCUUCUGGAGGUUCCCCCCCGCGAAAAGUGAGGAUACAGGGAACCAGGCAGAGGGCCUUCUCGGUGGUGGCACCUGCCCUGUGGAACGCUCUCCCGUCAGAUGUCAAGGAAAUAAACAGUGGCAAAUUGGUAACCAGUGCAGAUCUCCGAGUAGGUGUGUUGCUUUCGACGAGGCCUGUCAGCAUUCGCACUGCAGUAUUCUGCAUCGAUUGCUGCUUCCGGGUGAAGCUCAAGGGAGGUCCUACGGAAAGCGCAUUGCAGUAGUCCAGUCUUUAAGGAUGGCUAUUUGAAGAUGAGUAUUGUAUGGCCGAAUGAACACGCAGCGCCACUUGUCAGGUGGGCGGGUGUGUGCAUGCAGCCUCCCCUCUUUCCGUUGACCUUUGGACCUGAUGGUGCACUUGUGCCAUUCAAAGCAGUCCUGAUGCCAGAAGCCUGCAUGCCCUCUCUCUGGACUGACCUGCUGAACAAGUGGGAGCAGAAUAGAUGGAUCCUUCCUGCUUUCUUUUUUUUAAUGCAACCCAUUCUCUCUCUGUGUGUCUUUUAAAAUUUUUAUUUAGAUUUUACAUCAUACAAAAGAAAAAGAGAAAUACUGUUAUACAUAACAGAAAAGAAACAUUAAAUCAUUAUACAAUAAAUCAUUAUACAAUAUCCAAAAAAGCUAAACAAAAUAAAAUAAACCCACCACCCUAUUUAACUUCCUUCCUCCGCUACUCAUCUUCUCUAGAAUCAAUUUUACCCUUAUCAUUGCAUUCUGAUUGUUUUUAUUUUCUCUAUAUACAUAUAUAUGUCACUGAUAAAUUAUUGUUUUGAUGCAUUUACCUUCUUAGUCUAAGCAUAUCAGCAUGUCUUUUUAGAGCAGUAUUUUGUCAUAUAGUCAUCAAAGCAUCACCAUUCAUUUUUUAGUUUUUUAUUUGACUGCUGUCUUAUGGAUGCUGUUAAUUUAGCCAAUUUUAAAUAUUCGUUUAAUUUGAGAAGCCAUUCCUCUUUGGUAGGUAGUUCUUUACCUUUCCAUUUAGAUGCUAUUACUAUCCUAGCUGCUAGGAUAGGACAGCUAGAUGGAUCCUGCUUUUUGCCCUGUUUGGAUGAGGGCUACCUUUGAGUAUUUUCCGUCUCUCUUUCUACACUUGCAUUUUGUUUUCGUCGGCUUUCUGUGUCACUGCUCUGGGCAGCCUUGUUCCAGUGUCGAACGGCUCUUACUCUUAGGAAGUUCUUCCUAAGAUUUAGUUGGAAUCUCCUUUCUUUUGACUUGAAGCCAUUCGUUCGAGUCCUACCCUCCAGAACAGGGGAAAAGAAGCUUGUUCCCUCUUCCAUGUGACAGCCCUUGAGAUAUUUGAAGAUGGCUAUCAUAUCUCCUCUCAGUCGUCUCUUUUCCAGGCUAAAUGUACCCAGCUCCUUCAACCGUUCCUCAUAAGGCUUGGUCUCCAGUCCCUUGAUCAUCUUAUUAUCAAAAUUUUCAGACUUUUAGCUGUUUGCAGUGAGAAAAAAAAGCAAUGAAAUAGCUCAACGGAUGCUUCCAGUGGUUUCCCCAAAUUCAGCUGAAAUUGCAACUUAUACUGGCUUCUCCAGUAGAUUUUGAUAAUAAACUUGAUUUGCAAUGGGGGCUGGAUAAUUUCGAUUGCACCUGUACGUUGACCAGCUGUCAGUCCCCCAGAAAGUUCUUUGCAACAUUGGGUCGGAAUCUCCUUUUCUGCAAUAUCAGUGCAUUAAUUUAUUGCUGUUUAUUUUAUUUAAAGGCUGGCCACACUUGUCUAAUCUCACCGGGACGCCGAGCACGCCAGGAAGACCUCCUUGGAACGGACAAAGGCAGUUCACUGUGCUGAGUUGAGCAACGAAGGUCAAUUUCGUCCAUUUCCUUGAGGUGCCCAAGCGUGUGGGUGUGUGGGGUGUCCUUUCUCCUGCGGAGCUCAGCCAACCUCCCUCUCGGAUCUUCUCUGCCGCGAGCCCCACCUCUGGACCCAGGCAAGAAUAUUUCUCCUCUCUUCCCCCUGCUGUGUGUGUUUCAUGUUAAGUUUCUUUCGGCCGAAAUUUGCGGGAGGAACCCGUGUCUUUCUGCUCCUUUCUCUGUAUUUGGGUCUGGUUUCUUCCAGUUUAAUUUUUGGGGAGCCGAUGGUGCUGGGCACCUCAAGGGGCUGGUGGGGGAGAAGGAUGGAGAAAACCUGCCCGGCUGCAUGCAGUGUUCAAAAUCCCCCUGGCAAUGUAUAAAACAAGUAAUCAUUGUUGGAAAUGUAAAGAAAAAGAAGGUACCCAUAUUUUUUGCACCAUAACACUCACUUUUUUCCUCCUAGAAAGUAAGGGGAAAUGUCUGUGCAUGUUAUGGAGGGAAUGCCUAUGGGUGGCAUGCCUACGGAUUUUCCUUCUCUAAAAACUACGUGCGUGUUAUGGUCGGGUGCGUGUUAUAGAGCGAAAAAUACGGUACUUUUUACCAUAUGUGGUGGGUCUGUAAGGAGGUGAAAGCUUUCUGGGAAAUGAUUUAUAAAGAACUUACAAAAAUGUUGAAAUAUACAUUUGUAAAAAACCUCCAGAAGCCUGCUUACUAGGCAUUGUAGGUAAUGAAAUACAUAAGCAAGAUAAAAGACUGUUUUUAUAUGCAACAACUGCAGCAAGAAUAUUACUAGCCCAACGAUGGAAGCAACAAGAGAUACCAACGAAAGAAGAGGGGCAGACGAAACUAAUGGACUAUGCCGAGUUGGCGAAACUAACAGGGAAAAUUUGGAACCAGCAAGACCAGACUUUCCUGAAAGACUAGAAUAAAUUUACAGAAUACUUGAAAGACAAUUGUAAACAACUAACUUCGCUAGUAGGGUUGCAAGAAGUUUUGUUAGGUGGACUUUAUCAAUUAUUGCAAAGUAUAAUUUAAAAAUUGUUGAUCUAUGAUUAGGAUUUAAUAGUAAUAAUUAUAAUCCCAAAAUGCAGUAUUAGAUAAUAAGUGGGAAAACCAUUAGUCGAGGAGGACGGAAGUUUCAGGGUGUUGCGGCCAAAUGCAUUUUAUAUUAUAUGCAAGUUGAAUGCUAUGUUUAAAAUAUCUGUAAAAAAUCAUAAAAAUUGUUAUAAAAAACACAAAAUCCCCCUGGCAACAGGUGCGUUUUGCGGCUGGCUUGGGUCCAAUUGUGACCCCCAACGUCUCCCUCUGGCUGGCCCCUCUGGCUUUCUUAAGCAGGUCAGCAGGAGAGCCUAUUUACUGCAUUUAUCUCCCAACUUUUUCUCAAAGGAGAACAUGGUUCACCCCCCUCCUCAGGGAGGGAGGUUAAGAGGCUGUGAGCUGACUCACCAGGUCACCCAGGGAGCUUCAGGGCAGAGUGGGGAUUUGAACCCUGAUCUCAUAGGUCCUUGUCCAACACUCUAACCACUACACCCCACUGGCUUCCCAGAGUGGGGAAGUAGGCAAAUAAAUAUGGGGAAAGCAAAGUGUCCCUUAGAGAAGAAUCUGAAAUCUUUUCCUUGAAGCUUGAGUUUCAUCAUAGGAAUCAUCGAAUCAUAGCGUUGGAAGGGACCACGAGGGUCAUCUAGAAGAAGAAGAAUAAUAAUAAUUACUGUUGUUGUUGUUAUACCCUGCCCAUCUGACUGGGUUGCCCCCACCACUCUGAGUGGCUUCCAGCAUAUAUAAAAGUAUAAUAAAACAUCACACAGGAGCAAAAGAAAUCUUUUGCCCAACGUGGGGCUUGAACCCACAACCCCAAGAUUAAGAGUUGCAUACUCUUAAUCUUAAAACGGAGCUGUUUUAUUCUGGAUUGUUCUUUUUGACGUUUUAAUGUGUUGUAAACUGCUUGGCGAUUUUUCCCCUUUAAAAUGUAAAGCGGUAUAGAAAUGAAACAUAAUAAUAAUAAUAAUAGUAGCAGUAGUAGUAGUAGUAGUAGUAAUAAAGUUCAUUGCAAAAAAGAACAAAGGUGCCUGGACAUUCUGUCACGGUGAACGCAACUAGAUUUAAGGGGCCGAUUGGCGAUUAGCUGAUAUAUCUGAGUUUCCAACCUUGAGUGCGUGGCUCUGGCAAGCGUCAUAAUGUCCUGUGCUUGAGAUUAAGAUCUCUCCUGCUCAAGUUGCAGCGGGAGAAUUAAGAUAGCAGCCGGGCGGUUAGCUCAAACUACUCCCACCCACAUAAUCUUGCCGUCUCUCCUUGGCAGGCACUCAAGCCGAAGCGCUGAGCGAUGAUAAUAAUAUGAAAAAUAUUGUGUCUGCCAUCCUCAGCCCUUCUCAGAAGGGGGGCAGCCGGUGACAUCCGAGUAAGCCUGUUGUUUGCAGGGGAAAAACACCCAAGAUCAGUGCUGGUUUCUGCUUUGCUCGAGUUCUGUGCUGCAGGGAAUUAAUUUCAUUCCCCCUUUCGCCCGACACAAGGAGCGCAACGCGACGUAUGUGGUUCUCCUGCUCCCCCUCCUCAUUUAAUCCCCACUGCAGCCCUGUGAGGUGGGCCAAGCCGAGAGGCACCAGGUUGCCACAGGCUGCCUGGCAGAAUAGAAGGUUUCCAGGCAGGGCUCGAAAGGGGCAAAGGGUGGGUGAGUAAGAAAAACAGCGCCUGCUGGAUCAGGCCCAGGGGCCAGCAUCCUAGUCCAGCACCCUCUUCUCACUGCAGCCAACCAGACACCCGUGUCAGGAAACCCGCCAGCAGGAUUGGAACCCCAGAGCCCUCUCCCUUCCUGCAUUUGGGAUGCAGAAAGAUUUCUCCCUCUGAGCAUCACCCUAUUGGCUAGUGGCCAUUCCUCUGUGAGUUCAUCCAAUGCUGUUUUGAAGCCAGCCAGGUUGGUGGUCACGCUGCCUCCCGUGGCAAGGAGUUCCAUAGUUUAACUAUGUGCAGCAUGAGGUAAGGCUUUCUUUCAUCCGUCCCGAAUCCCCCAGAAUUCAGCUUCGUUAGGCAAGGAGUUAAGCAUCUGAGGGCAGCCCGGCAUAGGGAAGCUUUUUAAUGUUUAAUGUUCUGUUAUGUUUUUUAUACAUUUUGGAAGCCGCCCAGAGUGGCUGGGGCAACCCAGUCAGACGGGUGGGGUAUAAAUAAUAAAACUAUUAUUAUUAUCAUCAUCAUCAUCAUCAUCAUCAUCAUCAGUGCUCCCCCGGGGGUACUCAAGUGUACGCAGUACUGGCAUGGUUUUUUCUCUAGAAGAAAAGCAUUGAUGAUGAUGUUGAUGAUGGAACAGGACAUCCAGGGAUUUCUUCCUUACAGGGGGUUGGUCUAGAUGACCCUUGGGAUUCCCUUCCAACUCUACGAUUUAAUAAUAAUAAUUUAUUAUUAAUACCCCCCCCCCAUCUGGCUGGGUUUCCCCAGCCACUCUGGGCGCCUUCCAACAAAGGAUUAAAAGUACAUUAAAACAUCAGUCUUUAAAAACUUCCCUAAACAGGGCUGCCUUCAGAUGUCUUCUAAACGUCAGACAGUUGUUUAUCUCCUUGACAUCUGAUGGGAGGGCGUUCCACAGAAGGCCCUCGGGAAUGAUUCUUAUUUUCAUCAGAGAGAUGUUGGAGGGUCUGUAAUAUGUGCUGCAUUAAUCAUGGAAAUGUUUGUGUGCAUGUAGAAGUCCCUCUAGUCCAGGAGCAGGGUGAGAUCCUCUUUGCUCUGCUGCCACUCGGAAACCUGAUUUGUGUCCCUGGUUUUUUAUUCUCGACCUUGAGCUUAGUUCUGGUGACUCCACCGCUCCGCUCCUCCUCUCUCUCUGCAGUUGUGCAUUGCUGAAAGCGAGAUGUCACAGAGCGUUUCUGGCCUGGGAGCUUCCCGUUGCAAUCCUUCGUGGCCAAAAAUAAGCUGGGGUCGAAAAGGGAUGAAGGAGGGGAGGGGAGAGGCAGAGGGGUGUGUUGUGACCACAGGCCUGUUUUUUCCAAAAUGAAAUUAGUAGUUCAAGAGAAGAAUGGUUCCUUCUCCAAGUCUCUCUGUCUGUCUAGCUGUCCACUGAUGUGUCAGUUCCUUACCCAGCUGUAUGUAAAUAAUAAUGAUAAUAAUAAUAAUAAUAAUAAUAAUAAUAAUAAUAAUAAUAUCCUGCCUUUUUGUCUAACAGAGACUCAAGGUAGAUUACAGCUUAAAUAGAAAUAGCUAAAAAUAUUGGGUGCGGGGGAGAAUAAUAAUAAUAAUAAAGCACAAAUAAAAAUGCACAAACACAUGUAUAUGAAAACAUAUAAGGAGCGUCUCCACCCCCAUCGUUCUGCCCGGACACUGAGGUCCAGCUCUGAGGGCCUCCUGGCCGUUCCCUCACUGCAAGACGUAAGGUUACAGGGAAGCAGGCAGAGGGCCUUCUUGGUGGUGGCGCCUACCAGAUGCCAAGGAAAUAAACAACUACACAACUUCCUGAAGGCAGCCCUGUACAGGGGACUUUUUGAUAUUUGAUGUUUUACUGUGUUUUUAGUGUCUGAGGCCAACCCAGUUAGAGGGGUGUGCAGGAACUCUCCUCCUCCUUCCUCCCUCCAAGCUCGUUUUCUUUUUGUGCUGUGUCUAUUUAGAUUGUAAGCUUUUUCUUGAGUAAUUUGUUAGCUGCCCUGGGAGCCUUUUGUCGCUGUCGUUGUUGUUCCAAAUUGGGGUACUUCUUUGACUUCCUAACAAGUCCUGAUUCAGGUUUUGAGCUACUGUCCUUGACUCCUCCCCGCCCCCUCCUCUUCCUCAGGAGGUCUGGUUCUUUUCCUGGGCAGCCCCUGAGCCUGGCAUGGGGAGUGGUCGAGCAGCAGGAGGCCAAGUGGGUUUCAAGCAGAAAGAUGUAGAGCCGCAAAUCCACAUGCCGAUUUUGCCAGAGGUGAGUCUUGCUGAGAACGCUGGCAGCGUGAAGGUCAAUUCAAGAGGAUAACAAAUACUUGAGAGAUGUAAGAUAGGAGAACUGAAUAAAAUGGUUAGAGUAAAAUGCAGGAAUGGUGGAUAAACUAAAUGAGCCAUGGAAGGGGAAAGAGGGAGGUCAUCAAAUGUAUGGUGUUUAUUUUGAGGUGCAAAAUUGAAAACUUAAUAAAAACUAUAAUACCUUGGAAGUCGAAUGGAAUCCGUUCCGGAAGUCUGUUCGACUUACAUAACGUUCAGAAACCAAGGCAUGGCUUCCCAUUGGCUGCAGGAAGCUCCUGCAGCCAAUCGGAAGCCGCAAAAGUCGCGUCGGAUGUUCGGGUUCCAAAGAACGUUCAAAAACCGGAACAACCGGUUCCGGUUGAGUGCUGGUCUCGAAGUGGGGGUGACGGUGGGCAGUGUAGGUGGAGAGAAUUUCAGGGAUGAAGGGCACCAGGUUGGCAAACGCUGCCCUAGAACAGCCUUGCAGUUAAACCAGGUAAAUUUACAAGUCCCACAUAAAUCCAUAUAGAUUUGCAAUCUCAAGGUGUGAAAGAAAGGGGCAAGCCUGAUCACCUAUGGCAGACAGGAGCCAGCAAGGAAGAAGUUCGCCAACGUCUCCCUUGUCCGCUCGCCUGCUGCUGGUUCCUGCUCACCCUAGGUGACCAGCCAAGUGGCUUGUGAGUUUCUAGGUGCUUCCUUGCCGCCCUCCUUUGGUUUUCUGUUCCAGGCUGCCCAGGAGAGAAGGAGCGUCCUCAACUCCCUGAUAUCUGGGGCGUUUGCUGGCGCUGUGGCCAAGACUGCGGUGGCGCCUCUGGACAGGACAAAAAUCAUAUUCCAAGGUAUUUCGGGGGGGGGCAGCUUUUUAUAAUUUUGUAAGUUGUGUACGCCACAAUCAUCACAAUGAUAACAAAUAAAGGCUUGACAUAUCUCACUUUGCAUGUCAUGAGUCUAUCUCAUAUAUUAGUUUCACCUUUUAAGUUGAAUUACUGAAGAAAAUGAACUUUUCCAUGAUAUUCUAAUUUUUCGAGUUUCACCUGUAUAUAAAAAUAGAACGGAUGCAGGGGAAAACCCUGUUUUUAAUGCUGUGGACUUUCAACCCCCCCUCGACAGGGCAGAGAAUCCCCCAAACUUAAAGCCUGGUUUGCAGCUCAGAUUAAAAGCUCUCUCUCUCUCUUUAUAUAUAUAUUUCUGUUUUGAGGAUUAAUCCUCCAAUGAGUUUUUGCUGGAAAGAGAUUUGGCUUGAUUCAGGGUUUGUUUGCUUGUCUUUGGACUGGCUUAUCUGCUGGCUGGGAUAAUUGGGGGCAGGCAGAGUCAAACUGAGAUUGGGGACAGAGAGAGAGAGAGAGAGAGAGAGAGAGAAUUGUUUUGGGGUGUUUGCAAAUUGCAUAAGAGAUAACCGAUACGGCUAUAUGGGGUGGGGGAAACUGGGAAAGCAGGGGAGAAUUCUGGUGGGGUUUUUUUUGUUUUUUAAGUGUAAAUCACAAGAGAAUGCGGCUGAUCAGUAGUCUUCAGAUCCUUUUAGGCUCCAGUAUUGAUAAAGAGCUUUGAAAGAAAUAGGGCUCUUACCCUAGAGAAAUCCUAGUUCACUGAUCCACGAGUGUUAGUGGAUGAAUUGAUUUGUACCUGCAAAUGAGUAAAAGUAUGCUUGCUUUUAAUUUUUCUGCUUUUCUCUUUCAGUAUCAUCAAAUCGGUUUUCUGCCAAGGUAAGACUUAAAGCACAAUCCUCCUUUCUUUGCUCUGUUGCUUAGAUGAGCAGCUUUGGUUUUUUACUUAACAAAGUCCCCCGCCCCAAAUAGUUAAGCUGUACACCCCCUGCUGGGGUGUUGGGGAGGGGCGGUCUCUCUGGUGGGGGACACGUCCUGCUCCUUCUGGGGUUGUUUUCCCACCUUUGGUCCCCACCUGGACCCAACUCUCACCUGUGGCUGCUAGGUGUGUCAGCAUACAACAGUGGCCACAAUCCCGGGAGCAGCUUCGACUGGCUUGCUAAACCAGGUGAGGGGAGCCAAUGGGUCUCAAACCCUCAGUGAGUCAGGGGCUUCCCCUGCAUGCGAAGCCAGGCUCCGGUGGACGGAACAGACGAGACUAAGAGGGAGUCCAGUGGUCAAGAAGGCAGUUUCUGCGUGUGCUAUAGAGGGGAGUGAGGGGCAGGUGGGACCCGUCCACCUGGGAAGGGAGCCUAUAGGAGAAAGAAGACUCUGGUCCUUGUGGGACAUCUUUGGGAGAAGAAAAGGCUACACAAAUCUUGAGGGGAGUCCCUCAGGCGGUUGGAUGGUGCCCUGUCCGCCUCCUUCCGGCAACUCCUGCAGCCUGGCUGGUGCCAAACAUCUUGCUCUGCUUUCCUUUCGGUCCUCCACCAGCGAGCCCAAGAGGGGCGUCUUGCCGUCUGGGCAGCCCAGGAUCUCCAUGCACCCUGCCUAGGCUUGCGUCCCGGGGGGGGGGGCGGGCACUUGAGUGCUACAAACGCAGCAGUCUGGCUUCACCCCAGAAGCGCACUCUAUUGUCUCUUGAGGCAGACAGACACCAUCAACAACAGCACACCCCACCCCGGAACAACGCCUCCUUUUGAGAUUACAGUUUGUGGUUUGUCAAAAGUGAGGCAAACCAAGAGCCCUGCUUCAGAUUAUGCGCUCAGCCUCUCUUGGUCUCUCUUUUCCAACAACUCUGCUUCCGCUCUCCUUAGGAGGCUUACCGCCUGAUCUACCGCACCUACCUCCAUGAGGGCUUCUUCAGCCUCUGGCGGGGGAACUCUGCCACCAUGGUCCGCGUGAUCCCUUACGCCGCCAUCCAGUUUUGCGCCCACGAGGAGUACAAGCAGAUCCUGGGCAGUUACUACGGCUUCCAGGGGAAGUAAGAGGCUGCUGGGGUUGGGGUCUUCUGCAACAGGGUUGGGGAACCUCAGGCCUUGGUCAGUCCAGCUGGUGAAGAGUCACGGGGGUCUCCUCCUCCUGCUGCGACGACAAGCUCCCUUCCCCCCUUGUCUCCCAGGACCAGGAGAGGCAUGAAAGGUGGAGGAGAGGUUGUCUUCACACUGGCACAGUCUCCGAUUGCUUGGGGAAAGCCCUGGAUAGAAGGCGACUUAGAAGGCUGUGGGGAGACGGAGAUUUUCAGUUUCAGCAACAGAUUUUCAUGGAAUAAGACCACUGGGAAUGAGUUGCUGUGCUCAUUCGGCUCAGCUCUUAGUUGGAUUAGUUUCAGCAUUCAUGAUAGGCCAGUUGGUGAGAGCAUAACGCCAAGGUUGCAGGUUCAGUCUCCCUGUGGGACAGCUGCAUCACAGGGGCUGGGCUAGAUGCCUCUUAGGGUCUCAUCCAAUGCUUCAAUUCUAUGAUCCACCAGGAAACUUUCCCUAAAAAACUGCUCCUUCCCUGCCCACAAUGGAACUGUAAACCAGUUUUGUUCAGCUGCCGGAGAAAAGAGCUGUGGGGAAUUCCACCUUUCAAAAGCCUCUCUUUCUCCUUCCUGCUUCCAGGGCACUUACCCCAUUGCCCAGGUUCAUCGCUGGCUCCCUCGCGGGCACGACAGCCGCCAUGUUGACGUAUCCCUUGGACCUGGUCCGCGCCCGGAUGGCCGUCACGCCAAAGGAAAUGUGAGUUGGCGCUGCGGAUGCUCCUGUGGAAAUUUUGGGUGGGAUGGGAGUACCUAAAAUAACACCUCAAAGCAGCUAGAUUUGCACUGUAAAAAGGUAGGUGGGCACAGGCCUUUUGGGUUUAGCUGGGAUAGAGGCUCGGACGAAAAUGGAAUACCAAAACGACGCAGCUUUAUGAAAUUAUUCUUUUCUCCAUCAACCCCAAAUGUAGCAAAAGGCUAAAUCUCUAGGGGAUGAAAGGCUGGAUGAAAAAGGCAGGUCUUUUACAGCGGCUGAUAAGUUUGACGUGGGUUCAUAAGUCUUCUUUUGGGGGGUCUCAGCAAAUAAAAUUCUCCCCUCGUGGGAUUGUUGCAAGACGUAUUAAUGUGCCUGCAACACAAUCAGGGAGGAUUUGACCUGCAGAUCUCAAUAAAUGAGCUGUUCUGUGCAGAGAAGGCGCUCCCUCAGGCUGGAACGUAGUCUCUGGCACCAAAGCGAAGGGCUAUCUGUGGUCGCCCCCCACGAAUUGACAUAUGUCCUACCCAAAAGGAAACGCACACUCCUGAUCUCCUCCCUGCUUUAAAAGUACCAGUCGGCCCACUCUUCAGGGCAUGGAACUGACUUGAGAAGUAGAAUCCUAGAACGGUGGUGUUGGGAGGGAUCCCCAAGGGCCAUCUAGUCCAACCCCCUGUAACAAAGGGGCCUUUUGCCCAACAGCCGCUGGCUUUUCCCUUCAGUGUCUUGUUCGAUGUUCCUCUUCCCCUCCUCCAAUGCCCUGCAUGGCUGUUGUCCAGCGUCUAAAAUAGCCUGGGUCCUUCUCGGGAGCACAUCAGGUGUCAUCGGGUGCCCAAAAUAGUUAAGUUGUGAUAUGGGGCCUUGGUGUGUUUGUGUGUGUUGGUUGUCUCUCUUAUGGCUCAGGGGGGAAAAGAAAAUGUUGGCAAGGGAGCCCACCCUGUUCCUCUUUUCCCCGGCAAAUAUUUUUAAUUUCAUUUUGUGGCAGAAAUAAAAGAGGGAAAACAGGUAUAACGGCAGGAGAAACUUAUAAGAUGGAAAACAAAGCUGUAAAACAGGCAUGCAGAAUGAGUACUACUAAAGGUAAAAAAGGUGAAAGCUACUGCUACUACUAAUAAGAAUAAUAUUUAUAUGCGGCUCAGCCAGAUAUAUAUGCCCCAGCCACUCUUGAAACAUUAAACACAGUAAAACAUCAAACCUUUAAAACUUCCCUAAAUCAACUACGUCCAUUUAUUUCAAUGGGUCUACUUUGAGCAUGACUACUUCCGUGUGCACUUCUAAAUGCACUUACGGGGAAAUAAACCACACCGAAAACAGCUGAACUUACUUCUGAGUAAAUAGGAACAAGAAUGCGCUGUAAUUCAUGGAUUUCAGACUCUGGUUACUGAAGCAUUUCAUUUCUGCCGCCACGCUUUCACAAAAUAAAAAAAUCAAAUGGAAAUGAAGGAAUUCAGUUGCGCAGGGGCUAAGGUCACAAAGUCCAAGUGAAGAAUAUUAGCUUUAUUUGGUUAUCCAGUCUGGUUCCAGUUUUGGGCAGUUUUCCACUGAGUUGCAAUUACUAUUUGAGCUGCUACAGUCGUAUAUCAGACCAGUUCUAUAAUUCUAUGAUUCUGGAAAUAUUAUUUGAAAUGAGCCUCUUACAUAUAUAUCUUAAGUACCUACACAAACGCAUUGAGAGUUAUGAGCUUGUUUUUGCCGGGUAAUCUCAUAUGUGGUCUAAUUUGAGACAAACUUGUCUUCUCAGCAAGACAAGAAGCCUUUCUGUCUUCUGAUCUUUCAUAUUUGUCAGAGCUGGAAAUCCCUCUUCUCAACAGUAUGUCAAGGAGAACUGUAGAAGAAGAAUAGAAUAGUAGAGUUGGAAGGCACCUCUGAGGGUCAUCCAGUCCAACCCCCUGGAAUGCAGGAAUCUCAGCUAAAGCAUCCAUGGCAGAUGGACACCCAACCUCUGCUUAGAAACCUCCAAGGAAGGAGAGUCCACAACCUCCCGAGGGAGACCGUUCCACCGUGGAACAGCUCUUACCGUCAGAAAGUUCUUCCUGAUGUUGAGUUGGAAUCUCCUUUCUUGUACAGUGGUACCUCUGGUUACGUACUUAAUUCAUUCUUAACCUGAAACUGUUCUUAACCUGAAGCACCACUUUAGCUAAUGGGGCUUCCCACUGCCGCCACGCCACUGGAACACAAUUUCUGUUCUCAUCCUGAAGCAAAGUUCUUAACCUGAAGCACUAUUUCUGGGUUAGCGGAGUCUGUAACCUGAAGCGUAUGUAAGCUGAAGCGUCUGUAACCCGAGGUACCACUGUAACUUGAAACCCUGGGUUCAAGUUUGACCCUCCAGAGCAGGAGAUAACAAGCUUGCUCCCUCUUCCAUCUGACAGCCCUUGAGAUUUUGGAAGAUGGCUCUCCUAUCUCCUCUCACUCUUUCCCAGGCUAAACAUUCCCAGCUCCUUCAACCGUUCCUCAUCAGGCUUGGUUUCCAGGCGCUUGAACAUCUUGAAUAGCCAAUGCUCUUGAGGAAAGGCAUGGAUCAUGUUUCUGGUUGUGUAUUCAGGUUUUUUAAAAUCUUGAUACGAUGUUAGGCUAUACUACACUGAAAUGUUCUAAGGUUCCUUUGAUUGUUCUUGAAUCUUCUGGCCACUCCUGCUGCCCUCUCCUGCCCCACCGGUGUGGCAGGCCAGACCCUUUGAUAGCCAACAAGGCUUGUUGCUCGAGAGGCAUGAUAACAAGACACGAUUUCUCUUGCUCCGCUCUCCUGGCAGGUACAGCAACAUUGUCCACGUCUUCAUUCGGAUAUCCCGGGAGGAAGGGAUGAAGACCCUCUACCGGGGCUUUGCCCCCACCAUCCUGGGGGUGAUUCCAUAUGCUGGGCUGAGCUUCUUCACCUACGAGACCCUGAAGAAGUUUCAUGCAGGUAAAAGCAGCGGGGCCAGGAUGCCAGGCUUGACGGGCUCCUUGGGCAUCAUCCAGAAGAUGGGCUCUUAUGAAUGGCUUUUAAGAUUAGGCAAAUCUACGGAAGAGCAGUGGCUACUAGCCAUGUCUCAGAGGUGAGCCGGCAGUAAAUCACACCGUACAACUGGGAGUUAACUCUUUAUUAGCAAGGACACGAUCGGAACAGGAGUGUCAGGCCUAAGGAGCACAGCAGCCCCCUAUGAAGCAGCCGCUGAAACUGAAGGUCCCUGCCUCCCCACCGCCGUCCAAGUCCCUCCAGGAUUUCCCCCCAAGCCAUCGAAGAAUGCCCCUGCAUGCAGCCAACCUUUCCUCCACCCUCUUCAUGCCUCUCCUGGUUCUGGGAGACCAGAAGGGAGCGCAGCUUGAUGCAGCAGGAGGGGGAGACACCCGUGGCUCUUCCCCUCUCUGCCUCUUGGCCUCCUUCCUCUCCUGCUUCAGCUUCUGCCUCCCAUUCUGGACUUCUCUCUGCCACUGACUCUUCCCGCUCACCAAGCCUUGUUGCCUCUUCCACUUCUGACACCUCCUCCUCCCAGUCCUCUCCCCCUGGCCACUCAUCAUCGCCCCACUGCUUCUCCCUGGGCUCUGAGCCUUCUUCCCUUGGAUGUCCCCAGCUGGUUCCUCCUGCCAUUCCUCUGCCUCAUAACUAAUCCAUGCCACUAGGAUGUCUGUGCACUCCCUCCACUGUUUGGAGGCGCUACACCUCCUGGCUCCUGGCCAUUGCAAUUGGGGUGAGUUGCUGUUGCACUAAUCCUGGCACUCUUGCAAUUUCUGGGGGUCCUGGGGCCCCGUGGCGGAAGGGAGAGAGUGAGAUCUGUUUGUGCCAUCCCUGUGCGUCUCCACAGUUGCCCACCAGCUUUUCCUCUUCCUCCAGAGCGCAGCGGCAGGACGCAGCCCUACCCCGUGGAGCGGCUUGUCUUUGGGGCCUGCGCCGGCCUGAUUGGGCAGUCUGCCUCCUACCCGCUGGACGUUGUGCGGCGGCGGAUGCAGACGGCCGGGGUGAUGGGCCACACCUACAGCACCAUCCUGCGCACUAUGCGGGACAUCAUCCGGGAGGAAGGACUCGUCCGCGGCCUCUACAAGGGACUCAGCAUGAACUGGGUCAAGGGCCCCAUCGCCGUGGGGAUCAGCUUCACGACCUUCGACCUCACGCAGAUCCUCCUCCGGAAGUGGGAGCAAGGGGUGAACGUGGAGAGGUAG